AUUAAAGAUAGAAGUUUAUAUGAAUAAACUUUAAUCAUUAAAUGUUUUAUAAUGAUGAAGAGGAAGAAGAUUGGGGAGAUAAAAAUGAAAAGGACGCAGAAGAUGAAUUUUAAGAUUUAAAUCCAAGUGAACAUAAAAAGAGAAUACCUAAUAAUAAAGCUAAAAUAUAAGCAAAACCAAUAAAGAAAAAGAAAGACAUAUAAGAAUGUGAAUUUGCAGUAGAUGAUCCAAUAAAAAGGAGAUAAUUGGCAAAUUAUUAACAUGUUCCUGUAAGAUUAGAAGCAGGUGAAAAAAUGAAUAUAAAUGUUUAAUAUGAUGAUGGCUAAGUUAGAAAAUUUGGUUAAUAAAGUAUAGAAAUAUAUAUAAAUUAUUUAUUAGAGGUCUUUGAAGAGAAAUUAAUACCAAUAUCAAAAAGUGGAACAUUUAUUUAUGAAGCACCAACAGGUAAAUUAGAAAAAAAGAAUCCUGGUAGACCUAGAGAAGAUACAAGAUCAUUGUUUGAUGAUCCAAAAUUAUAAAAGAUGAGAAAUAAUUAUGUACCAAAACUUUUAUAAAGAAUUACUACUAAUAAUACAAAAGAAGUAGAUGAAGAAGAAGGAGUUUAAGAUCCAGGAGUAUCAUGGAAACCAGUAAAAAGGUAUUUAAUUAUAUAUAAUAAAAAGUGUUCAUGAAGUUCCAGAAUCAUUUUAUAUGAGAUAAAUAUUUGAUAAAUCAUCAAGUGGACCUCGAUCUAUUGAUAAAAAUAAAAUUAAAUCAGAAUAUGAUGCUUUUAGAUUAUUUUUUGACAAUGAUAUCUAUAAUACAAUAAUAAAACAUACAAGAGAAAGGUAUUAAUAAAAAGUAGAAGAAUAAAUAUAUUCAUAUAUUCAUGGUAUGGUACAUAUGGGAAUAAGAGCUAAGAAACCCUCAUUAAUGUAAUGGGAAUUUACUGAAUAUGAAUUAGAAGCAUAUUUUGCAGUAUAAAUAUUCUUUGGGAUUGUAAGAUUAUCAAAUUAAAGAGAUUAUUGGAAAUCAUCAGCUAGAUAAAAACCUAUAAAGAAAGCUGAAACAGGAAGAAGGAAAUUAAGAGAGUUAGCAUAAGAAAAAAUGGAUCGUUAUGCUCAUUGGGUAACAUAAAGAAUGAGUUCUAUUGUUAGUUAUGAAAAGUUUAAAACUAUAAGAAAUUGUUUAAAUAUUAGUGGGGCAGAAGCAUUAAAAUUGAAAGGUAGAGAUCCUAUAUGGAAAAUAAGAGAUUUUUUAAAUUAGAUGAAUAUGAGAUUUGCUAAAUAUUAUUAUCCAGGAGAAUUUAUUACAAUAGAUGAAGGUAUGAUUCCUUUUGCAGGUAAGGUAUAAUUUAAAGUAUAUAAUCCUGAUAAACCUACUAAAUGGGGUAUAAAAGAAUAUUUACUUUGUGAUGCUUCAAAUACAUAUACAUUUUAAUUAAGAUUAUAUCAUGGUUAAACCAUGUGGAAUAAUGAUUUUAAAUAAACUAUGUUUGUUAAUGAAGAAGAUACAUAACAUAGAACUAUGGAAUUAGUAUUAUAAAUGUGUAAAGAUUAUGAACAUAAAGCACAUAAAGUAGUAAUGGAUAAUUAUUAUUCAAGUUGGAUGUUAUUUAGAGAAUUAAGAAAUAGAGGAAUUGGUGCUGUUGGAACUAUUAGACAUAAUAGAGUAAUUAUUAUUUAUUAUUUAUUUUUUAGACUGGAUUAACAAAAAAAGAUCUUACUUCUAAACAUUUUCAAUAAAUUUAUAAUUAAUAUCAUUAUGCAUAUUAUUUAAAUUAAUCUAAUGAACUUAUGCUAAUGUAUUUUUAAGGAACAAGUGAAAAAGAAAUUGCAUUAAUUUCUAAUUUUCUUGAUAAUUCUUUAAAUGAAUAACAUAUGUGGGAUAUUAGUAAAUAACAUUAUUAUGUACCUCAUUUAAAAGCACCUUAUAUGAUGUAUGUUUACAAUAAAUAUAAAGGAGGUGUUGAUAGAAGAAAUUCAUAUGUUGUUAAAUAUAGAUCUAGAUUUCCUGCUAAAAAAUGGUGGUAAAGUGUUUUUGAAAGACUUUUCGAAACUGCUAUUUUAAAUGCAUAUUUAAUAUUUAGAAGUUAUAAUCCUGAAUCAUCAUAUAGAAAUAAAGGAUAAAUGAGAGAUUUCAGAAUUAAUCUUAUGUAUUAAUUUGCUGAAAGAUAUAAAUCAUAUGAACAUUAAUAAGAAGAAAAUGGAAAAAAUAGGUUUUCUUAUUUUGCUAAAAUCUAACCACAUACUUUUAUUGAAGGUGAAGAAAUUGUUAAAUGUUCAGAAUGUGGAAAUGACACAAAAGUUUUUUGUUAAGAAUGUACAAUCUUAAAAGCAGAAGUUGUUGGUUUAUGUCAUGAAAAAGAUACUAUUAAAUGUUAAAGAUUUCAUGAAUUUAUGGAUUUUGAACUUGAUAAAAAUAAAGAAGUUAUUGAUAAAAGAAAAGGAAAAGAUCCUUAUAAACCUAAUUUCUUAGAAAAACUUAAUCAAAGAACUAAUGCUAAAGGAAAUCAAUAACAUUAAAAAAAAGAAAGUCCUCUUGUUAAUCUAUUAAAUAAAAUUAAUGAUUAAAUUAAAUAAGAAGCUAGAGUUAAAUAAGAAAUUAAAAGAGAAGAUAACACUAAUAAAUAAACUACUUAUACUAUACCUGAAGUUAAAUCAGAAGAUGAAUCAUCUACUGAUUCUGAUAUCUAUAUUUAAAGAACUACUAAUUAAAGAUUAAUUGAAAUACAUUAAAAAAUUGAAUAAAUGAGUAUGUGUUCUGAAGAAUUUCUAAAUGGUUCUGUUGCUAAUAGUGAUGAAAAUCUUCCUGACAGAGACUUAGAUGAUUAAUUCAAUCAAAAUAAUUUUUAAGAUGAUUUACAUUAAAGAAACAGUUAAAAUGAAGAAUAAUAAAAAGAUUUCAUUAAAAAAAUGAUGUAAUUUGCAGAUGAUGAUGAAAAUAGUUAAAAUGAUAAUGAUAAUGAAGAUUAUUAAGAUCCAGAAGAUGAUGCACAAUAAUUUUAUUAAUCAUUACUUUAAUAAGAAGAAUAAGCUAUCAAAUAUUAAUAGAAAAAAUAGAUAUAAUAAUAAUUAGAAGAUGAAUCUGAAAAAUCAAAUAUUUCAUAUAAAUCAAAAAAACAAUAAAAAUUAGAACAUAAAUUUAUAGAAUCAAGUUUUAAAGGAAUCAAUAAUUCUUAAAUCUAAUCAAACAUUGAUUUAGGAUAAGAUUUAAAACAAAUUAUUUCUUAAUAAUAAGAAUUAAAUUAUAAAAACAAAGAAAAAUAAGAUGAAUAAAGUGCUAAUUAAAAAUCUUAGUUUGAUUAAUGA